AUGCUGGAGAACUUCAGGAACGUGGCCUUUGUGGAAGGAUCUUGUACCUGCAAGCCUGUCCUCAUCUCUUGGCUGGAGGAAGUGGGUGAGAUGCUUAUCCAGGACUCUGUCAAAAUGAAGACCUCCACAGGUUCAAUUUCCCACUGGAACAACGAGACCGUCUUUCUUGGUCCUAAAGAAGACACAACUUUGAAAGUGCUCAAAGUGGAGGAUUUUCCACAGGAAGGCCAUGUGUCAAAAGAUGUGUUGGAGGUUUUUCUGGGAUCUCAAGAGAAAAUCUGCUUUCCAAUAAAGGACGUGUCUGAGAGUUCAAUUUCCCACUGGAACAACGAGACCGUCUUUCUUGGUCCUAAAGAAGACAUAACUUUGAAAGUGCUCAAGGUGGAGGAUUUUCCACAGGAAGGCCAUGUGUCAAAAGAUGUGUCGGAGGAGCGGCCUUCAGAGGCCUACUGCGGACGCGGGGAGGGCGCUCCGCCGCCCUCGCCGGAUCCGCCGUUUCCCGCCGCCGGGAGCCCAGAAGAAGGAAAUGAGGGGGAACCAAGUACAGUGAAUAUGGGAAGAGACAAGGAUGUAGAGGUGGAAGAAGAAGCUGGGAAUCGAGGCAUACCAAAGAGAGGAGGAACCCAGAAGCAAAAGAAGAAACCAUUUUCCUUUCAAGGCAAGGAUCUACAGGAAAUGCUCUCUGAAGAGAAACUGUAUGAGAGAAAUAGAAGGAAUAAUCUCCCUAGGUUUCACAGUGGGGAGAAACCAUAUAAAUGCUUUGCAUGUGGAAAGUGUUUCCAUCAGAAGACAGACCUUACACGUCACCAAAGGAUUCAUACUGGGGAGAAACCAUAUAAAUGUUUGGCGUGUGGAAAGAGUUUUCAUCGGAAGACAGAUCUUACAUGUCACCAGAGGAUUCACACUGGGGAGAAACCACAUAAAUGCUUGGUGUGUGGAAAGAGUUUCUAUCGGAAGACAUCCCUUACACGUCAUCAAAUGAUUCACAGUGGGGAGAAACCAUAUAAAUGUUUGGCGUGUGGAAAAAGCUUCCAUUGGAAGGCAGACCUUACAUGUCACCAAAGGAUUCACACUGGGGAGAAAUCACAUAAAUGCAUGGAGUGUGGGAAGAGUUUCAGUCGGAAAACAGAACUUACAUGUCACCAAAGGAUUCACAGUGGGGAGAAACCAUAUAAGUGCUUGGAAUGUGGAAAGAGUUUCAGGUGUACUUCAAACCUUACUUCUCACCAAAGGAGUCACACAGGGGACAAACCAUUUAAAUGCCUGCAGUGUGGGAAAAGCUUCACUCGGAGCACAAUCCUUACUACUCACAAAAGGAGUCACACAGGGGAGAAACCAUAUCAAUGUUUGGAGUGUGGAAAGAGUUUUAUUUGCAACAAAAGCCUUGCCUCUCACAACAGGAUUCACACAGGUGAGAAACCAUAUAAAUGCUUGCAGUGUGGAAAGUGUUUCAGUCACAGCACACAACUUACUGUUCACAACAGGAGUCACACAGGAGAGAAACCAUAUCAAUGCUUGGAGUGUGGGAAGAGCUUCAGUCUGAAAUCAAGACUUCGUAUUCACCAAAGGAGUCACACAGGAGAGAAACCAUAUCAGUGUCUACAGUGUGGAAAGAGCUUUAGUUGCCGCAAAAGCUUUACUGGUCACCAAAGGAUUCACACAGGAGAGAAACCAUAUAAAUGUUUGGAGUGUGGGAAGAGUUUCCGUCAGAACAGAAGUCUUACUAGACACAACAGGAUUCACACAGGAGAGAAACCAUAUAAAUGCUUGGAGUGUGGGAAGAGUUUCCGGGAGAACCCAUAUACAUGUUUCUAGUGUGGAAAUAGCUUUAGUUACAGCAAAAGCCUUACUAUUCAUCAGAGGAUUCACACUAGGGAGAGACCAUAUAAAUGUUUGGAGUGUGGGAAGAGUUUCCGUCUGAGCACAGGGCUUAACAUUCAUCAAAGGAUUCACACCAUGAAGAAACCAUAUAAAUGCUCAAAAUAUGGAAAGAGCUUCAAACAGAAUAUAAUCCUUAUUAUUCAUCAAAGGAUUCACACUGGGGAGAAACCAUAUCAGUGCAUGGAGUGUGGGAAGGACUUCCGUCAUAGCCAAAGCCUUACUUCUCACUAAAGGAUUCAC